CGGAGCCCCGGCCGCCGAGGGAGCGCCGCGGCCCCGGAGCGCCAUGCCCGUCAGGAAGCAAGAUACCCAGCGAGCCCUGCGCCUCCUGGAGGAAUACCGCUCCAAGCUGAGCCAGGCGGAGGACCGGCAGCUGCGAAACUCCAUAGAGCGUGUCAUCAGCAUCUUCCAAAGUAACCUUUUCCAGGCUUUGAUAGAUAUUCAAGAAUUUUAUGAAGUGACCUUAUUGGACAAUCCAAAAUGUAUUGAUCACUCUCAGCCAUCUGAACCAAUACAGCCUGUGAAUACCUGGGACUUCUCCAGCCUUCCAAGCACAACAGUGACAUCAGAAACACUGCCGAGCAGCCUUAGCCCAAGUGUAGAGAAAUACCGCUAUCAGGACGAAGAUACACCUCCACAGGAGCACAGCUCUCCACACAUUACCAAUGAAGUGACAGGUCCAGAGCUGGUUCAUGUAUCGGAGAAGAAUCUGUCACAGAUUGAGAAUGUCCAUGGAUUUGUUUCCCACUCUCAUAUUUCACCAGUAAAGUCCACAGAAGCUGUUCCUUCCUCUUCUCCCAUUGUCCCUGUGAUCCCUGUCCCACCAGUCCCUGCUGAGACCACUGUCAUCCCAUCCACCAUACCACAGGCAAAUCCCCCUCCAGUGCUGGUGAAUACAGAUUCUUUGGAGACUCCAACAUACGUCAAUGGCACGGAUGCAGAUUAUGAGUAUGAAGAAAUUACUCUUGAAAGGGGAAAUUCAGGACUUGGCUUUAGCAUUGCAGGUGGUACAGACAAUCCACAUAUUGGGGAUGAUUCAAGUAUUUUCAUUACAAAAAUUAUAGCCGGGGGUGCAGCUGCACAGGAUGGAAGAUUACGGGUUAACGAUUGCAUUCUACGAGUAAAUGAGGUGGAUGUUCGUGAUGUGACACACAGCAAAGCAGUUGAAGCAUUGAAAGAAGCGGGAUCAAUUGUACGAUUGUAUGUCAAAAGAAGAAAACCAGUCACAGAAAAAAUAGUGGAAAUCAAACUUGUUAAAGGCCCUAAAGCAGGGCUUGGUUUCAGUAUUGCUGGUGGUGUAGGAAAUCAGCAUAUACCUGGAGACAACAGCAUCUAUGUAACUAAAAUCAUUGAAGGUGGGGCAGCACAUAAAGAUGGCAAACUUCAGAUUGGAGACAAACUUUUAGCUGUGAACAGUGUUUGCUUAGAAGAAGUUACUCAUGAAGAAGCAGUGACUGCCUUAAAAAACACAUCUGACUUUGUUUAUCUGAAAGUUGCAAAACCCACCAGCAUGUUCAUGAAUGACAGUUAUGCCCCUCCUGACAUCACAAACUCUUAUUCUCAGCCAGUAGACAACCAUAUCACUCCAUCUGCCUACUUGGGACAAUCCCUGUCCCCAGCAUCACCAGGGCGAUAUUCACCAAUUCCCAAGGGAAUGCUUGGAGAUGAUGAGAUUACCAGGGAGCCUAGAAAGGUUGUCCUACAUCGAGGAUCAACAGGUCUUGGUUUCAACAUUGUUGGAGGAGAAGAUGGAGAAGGAAUUUUCAUCUCUUUCAUCCUUGCAGGAGGGCCAGCUGACCUCAGUGGAGAGCUUAGGAAAGGAGAUCGUAUAAUUUCUGUAAAUGGAGUAGAUCUAAAAGCAGCAACCCAUGAACAGGCAGCAGCAGCCCUGAAGAACGCAGGCCAAGCAGUAACUAUUGUAGCUCAGUACCGUCCAGAAGAAUACAGUCGUUUUGAAGCUAAAAUACAUGAUUUACGGGAACAGAUGAUGAAUAGUAGCAUUAGUUCAGGAUCAGGAUCUUUGCGAACCAGCCAGAAGAGAUCCUUAUACGUCAGAGCUCUUUUUGAUUAUGACAAGACUAAAGACAGCGGCCUUCCAAGUCAAGGAUUAAACUUCAAAUUUGGCGAUAUUCUCCACGUCAUUAAUGCUUCUGAUGAUGAAUGGUGGCAAGCACGGCAGGUAACUCCAGAUGGAGAAAGUGAUGAAAUUGGAGUUAUCCCAAGCAAACGCAGAGUUGAGAAAAAAGAACGAGCCCGUUUAAAGACAGUGAAAUUCAAUUCCAAAACAAGAGGAGAUAAAGGGCAGUCAUUCAAUGACAAGCGUAAAAAGAACCUCUUUUCCCGAAAAUUUCCCUUCUACAAGAACAAGGACCAGAGUGAGCAGGAAACCAGUGAUAUUGACCAGCAUGUAACCUCUAAUGCCAGCGAUAGUGAAAGUAGUUACCGUGGCCAAGAGGAAUAUGUCCUGUCAUAUGAACCAGUCAAUCAACAAGAAGUCAGUUACACUCGACCUGUGAUUGUUUUGGGACCCAUGAAAGACAGAAUAAAUGAUGAUCUGAUCUCAGAAUUUCCAGACAAAUUUGGCUCAUGUGUUCCACAUACUACUAGACCAAAACGAGAUUACGAGGUGGAUGGACGUGAUUACCAUUUUGUCACUUCUCGAGAGCAAAUGGAGAAGGAUAUUCAGGAUCACAAAUUCAUUGAAGCUGGCCAGUACAAUAAUCAUCUUUAUGGAACAAGUGUCCAAUCAGUGCGAGAAGUAGCAGAAAAGGGUAAACAUUGCAUUCUUGAUGUUUCUGGUAAUGCGAUCAAAAGGUUGCAGAUUGCCCAGCUGUACCCAAUCUCCAUUUUUAUUAAACCCAAAACAGUGGAAAAUAUCAUGGAAAUGAAUAAACGCUUAACGGAAGAGCAAGCCAGGAAGACAUUUGAGAGAGCCAUGAAACUGGAGCAAGAAUUUACUGAACACUUCACAGCUAUUAUCCAAGGAGACACACUGGAAGAAAUCUACAACCAAGUGAAACAGAUCAUAGAGGAACAGUCUGGGCCUUACAUCUGGGUUCCAGCAAAGGAAAAAUUAUGAAACCAGAUUUUUAUUUUUCAUUUUCUAACUGACAUCACCUACUACAUCUGACGACUCUUAAGCCCUUCCAGUGGAGCCUGCCUCUAGUCCUUUCCAGCGUGGUUCAUACCCUAACCAUCACAUUCUGCAGUUCCCAUAAUGCUUUACAUUUGGUGUCUCUCUUAGUUUAAAUAAUUUGUAUUACUGUGUGUUGUUGGUUUGCCAUUUUUCAAACAUGACAGUGGAAUGGCCUGACCAGCUAUUAGU